CAAAUUUUUAGACCACUUACAAUUCAAUACAUUAAUCAUAGAUCAGCACACUUGAUCAAGGGAUUACAGCCCAGGACUUGAUUGAUUUUCCAUCACUGGACGGCCAGAUCAAGAGAUAGCACAUUUUUGGCAGAAUAAUUGAUGACUAAUUUGAUCUUCUAGUGCACAAGAUGAAUGACGACUAAUUUGACCUCACCAUGCUAUAAAAAACAGAAGUGUGUGAGGAACUGAUGAUUGUGAAGAGAUGGGAGCAGGGAGUUCACACGAUGAGGCUUCAGAGUCACAACAGACAGGGGGCGAACCCAGCCGUACUCGGCCACAGUACAACGAAGAGACAUCGACAGAGGCAAAACAGAGUGAAACCAAGUUGAAGACGGUGGAGAAAGCACCAGAAGCAAAGCCCCUCGUGAUACGACAGGAGAAAGCAGCAGAUGUUAAGCCACUUCAUGAUGCCAAAGCAAAGACAGUAAAAGAAGUCAAGUUACCACAUAACUGUGAAGCCAUAUUAAGAGAUGCAGACUCCCCAGUUGACAGGUCUUCAGUGGACAAACUGUAUGAUCAACUGAGCACUGGAGUUUUCUUGAACCAAAAGAGAAAGAAGUACUGGGUUGAAAAGAAGUGCUACAGAAAUUGCUUCAUGCUGUUUGCAAAGGAUCUAUCAAUCACUUGGGGAGGAGAUACACGUUACUGGAAAUGGCCUUCCAUAUGUGAAUCAGGUGAUGUCACUGUGGAUGUGGCAGAGCUAUUAGAUGUUUGCUGGCUGGAAAUAUAUGGGAAAUUCAACACAAAAAUGCUCUCCCCAGGUAUUUUGUAUGAAGUUGUAUUUGUAAUAAAGCUGAAAGACCCAGCUUAUGGAUGGGGAGUUCCAGUGAAUGUCUCACUGGUUCUCCCAAAUGGAUACAAGCAAGAACGCAAAGAAAAGUUACAAACAAAACCAAGAGAGCAAUGGAUUGAAGUGCCAGUUGGCGAGUUAAUAACUUCACCAGAAAAUGUUGGGGAGAUACAAUUCGGCAUGCAUGAAUAUGAUGGCGGAGAAUGGAAGAGGGGCCUUGUUAUCAAAGGGAUUGCCAUUCGACCAAAAACUUAAUCUUUCACAGAAAUGAUAUAACAUUUACUAUCGACAGAAAUGAACUAAAGAAUAAUCUACUAUCAACAGAAAUGGGCUGAAGAAUAACCUAUGAUUUCCUUCAAAUAUUCAGUGGAUAGCAAAGUUACCAUGCUUUGAAUAAUCAAAACAGAUUCAAGAGAGUGUAGAUCUCCAAGUUUUCAUUGAAGAUGCUGAAUUUGAUAAAUUAGUUGAAUGAAAAUAAAACUGUGUUGCUAUUUAA